AUCAGAUUUCGACUUUGGGCUACAAUCAUUAGCUGUCCGUGCGUAAAACGUCGUGUGUUCGCUUUUCCUUUGCUCACUUCAGUUCGAGACGUGCUCUGGAGAAGUUGCUCCCUUGGGCGAGAUUUGUUUAGUUAGAGCAAAUAAAAUACAAAGUGCAACGGAAAAUGGUUUUCAUAACAAAACUUGCACGUGUUGUUGGUGCUCAGACUGCACGCCAGCUGCUCUCCAAGCCACAGUCUAUGACAGCAUCAUCACAGUGGCGUAGUUUUCACGUCAGCUGCUUGCUCAACGCAGAACGUCGCUACACAGACAAACAUGAAUGGGUGGAACUGUUGGAAUCGAACAAGGCUGUUGUAGGCAUCUCCAGCUAUGCACAGGAAGCGCUGGGUGACGUUGUCUUUGCUCAGCUGCCGGAGCCAGGCACAGAACUGAAACAAGAUGAUGAAUGCGGUGCUCUGGAGAGCGUAAAGGCGGCCAGUGAGGUUUAUUCACCAGUCAGUGGCAAGGUGACGGAAAAGAACGCACAAGUGGAGGAUUCACCUGCCUUGGUCAACACUAGCUGCUAUGAGAAAGGUUGGCUCUUCAAGGUUGACCUGAAGAAUCCGGAUGAAUUCCAGAAACUCAUGACUGAGGAACAGUACAAGACUUUUUUGAGCAGCAGCGCUGAUCACUAAAACGACGAGUUAUGAAAACUCCAGACAAUGUUAUCUCACUUUUACACACACACACACAUCAGACUCAUCUUUCACACAGACAGAAAUAAUCCACAUUGUUGUCGCAUUUGGAUUUCGUUCGUUAACACGCUUUUAAAAAUAAACUGAAAAGCCAAAUAUUACACUUAAGACAA